CCUCGUCCGCGGACGAAGACUCGAGUCAAUUAUCCCCAAAUAUCUUCUCCCACAAUUCAUUCACAGACAAGGCGGUGGUGGUGGUGCCAGAGGCGGUGAAUCAUGGUGAAAUCGACGGAAGCAGGUUCUGUAGUGCCGCCAUUCUUGAAAAAAUGCUAUGAAAUGGUUGAUGAUGAAGCCUCGGACGCCAUAAUUUCGUGGAAUUUAAGCAAUGACAGCUUCGUGAUACGGGACACGACCGAGUUCAGUCACCAAUUGCUCCCUAAGUAUUUCAAGCACAAUAAUUUCUCAAGCUUCAUGCGUCAACUCAAUAUCUAUGGUUUCAGAAAAAUUGAUACAGAUCACUGGGAAUUUGCAAAUGAAGGAUUCAUCAGAGGUCAAAAGCAUUUAUUAAAGAAUAUCCGUCGAAGGAAACAACUUCAGGGCCAGGAUAAGCAAAAAUCAUUCCAUCAGCGGGACAAGUCUGCUGGAGCAUGUGAAGAAAUUGAGGCAUCCAAGCUUUGGAACGACGUGGAGAUUCUCAAGACUGACAGAAAUGCACUCACACAGCAGCUGGUUAAACUUAGGCAGCACCAGGAAACUGCAGAAAGUAAGUUGCUUGUCCUAAGAGAGCGCCUUCAAGGAAUGGAAAAAAAUCAGCAGCAGAUGUUGUCAUUCUUAGUGAUGGCCAUGCAAAGCCCUGAGUUUUUGGUUCAGUUUAUGCAGCCAAAAGAAAAAAACUGGCGAAUGGCUGAAGUAGGCAAAAAUAUGCUGGAACGAAGAGCAGAGAACGGUGAACCAGCAGCUUCUGAUGUGAUGAUAGUGAGGUACCAGCCACCAAUGGAUGAAACUCCAAAGCCUCUACCAAUUCCAACAUCAAAUUCAGAGAAAUCCCUGGAGUCUGAUGGGAUGAUAGUAAGGUACCAACCACCAAUGGAUGAAACUGCAAAGCCUCUAAUGGCAAAGUCAAAUUCGGAGAAAUCCUUGGAAUCUGAUUUUUUCAUGAAUAUCGAUUUCAUGAAAAUACUGAUGGAUGAAGACAUGGGUUCUUCAGAGCAUCAGGAACCACUUAUUUUACCUGAUUUACCUGAUGAUGAUAUCCUUGACCAGCUUCUUUUAGAGAAUCUUGCAGAUGCUAAAUUGGAUAACCAACAAGCACCUAUUGAUUCUGGAUUGGUAAUGGAUCCAACAGUCAAUCAAACCCAGUUGGAUGAACCUCAACAUUUUGAACUUCUCAACUUAGAGCAGAAAAUGCCCUUAAAACGAAUGGAGAAACCUUACGAGUUGGAGGUGGAAUCAACUCUUCAUGGAACACAGUUUGAGAAGUCUCAACACUUGAACUUCUGACCGAACAAAUGGGGCAAUUAGCUUCUGAUACCAACUGCAUAAAUUAAUCAUCAUAGAGAAGAUGUCAAAUUUUACUUGGGUAUAUCUCAGACAUUUUAAACUUAAUAGUAUAAUUCGUGAUAGAAAGACAUUUCUCAUUCCAGGUGUCCCCUGCGCUCAAUUUUGUCCUGACAUAUCUUGGCAAGAUGGCAUGAUCUUCUCUAAACAAUUAUUUUGAAGGAAUAGCAUGGGAUCAUCGUACUGCUCGAACAGUGUCUGAAAAAGAAAAGAAACUCUCAAAAAUAUACCGUACUCUGGACAGCAUACAAAAUUUCUUUCGAUUGACAUGCUCCACUAUCAUACUUCAGUAUAUGUAUAUUUUAGUGGCACAUGUACGUGGCCCAAAAUUGUCAUUAUGCACAAGAGAUCUUAUUGCAAUUUCUAAUUUGACAUAAUUUUGGCACAUCUUAGUUCUA